AUGCGACAGGCCUAUUUAUUUUGUUAUUUAUAAUGAUUUUUCCUUUUACAGCUAAUGCAAACAAUACAUUUGACAUUAGAAUAUGACAUUAUAUAAUAAUAAUAAUAAUAAUAAUAAUAAUAAUAAUAAUAAUAAUUUAGUUUUAUCUGACAAAAUGCACUUUCCAUUGCAGCUUAAUGCAUGGCUUAAGCUGCAAUGAAAAAUUUCCAGCUGAGUAAACCAUAACAGAUGAGACUGUCAGAAAGAUAUUUGUUAUUUGAUAUUUAUAAGUUGUUUCCAUUUGGAGGAAACAAAAGCAAGUUUGUUAAAUAACGUUAUUACUGAUGAAGGUGAUUCAGCAAGCUAACUAAGCAAAGACAGAAAGUUAUAAACUAUGACAUGGUACUUUAGGAAAAUAGUACAUUUAAGUGGAAAUUUUUACCUUAUAGAAUUGUAUAAAUCUAGAAAUUGUAUAAUAUUUUCUUUCUUGUUUCACAAUCCGCUGAGAAACUAUUCUGGAGAGAGCCUGAGGUUUCCUAUAUAACCACACCAUACAGCUAUAUGACAUUUACAAUAUGUCACUGAGCAAUAUUAUAAUUAUAGCCCAUGAUGGGACUGCUCAGUGGUUAGCAGUGGUCAAGUGUAAACUAAAACAUACAGGCAUGCAGAUGCUUCCACAAACAAGGAGCUGGAGGCUGAAUUCAUCAGCAAGAGAUUUUAGAAUCACAUCUGGGGCCAAUACUUUAAAUACUGGCCCCAUUAUUUAUAUUAUAAAUUUGAUGAGCUUGCUUUUAAGAGUCUUUGAGCCACUGCUAAAAUUACCGAUCAUAUGAUUGGGCAAUGCUGUAAAUUAAAAGUACAAUCUGAAAUCUGCCUAAUUCAGCACCAUGGUCAGCUCACUGCAGCCCAGAGGAUGCUCCAUAAUCCAGCUUUCUAACUGCAGUUGUAAGACUAAUUUCAUGAACAUUAAACAAAUAAACAAUACUGGGAAAUUCCCAACUUUUUGCACAAGAAUACCUUUUGCUAUUUUACAAACAAAUAUACAGUAUUUGUGCCUAUAUUUAAUUCGUCAGCUUUAAUUAAAUUAAGGCUAACAUUUAGAGAAAACCACAAAGUGAAACUAGCUUUUCUAAAUAUAGACAUUGAAGAUGCCUAUAAAUGGCUUACCGAAAAUAAUACAUAUUCUAAUUUGUUGAUUUGUUCUUGGCAAGUUUGGCUCUUUACGUUAAUCCAAACCACAAAACUUACUCAAGCUUCAGAAAUAUAUCAACAAAACGCUCUUUACCUGUUUCAACUCAACUGACUUUCUUAAAAUCACGUCUAUUCUUCACAUUGUUAAGCUAAUUCUGUCAAUUAACAAAAUAAAAGCUGUGUCAGAUGCAAAGGGCUUUUAUUUUGAACGGCUCGUUGUGGAGUUCCGGAUGUACUGCGCUAGCUGCUAGCUUUCCUUCUAGUCACGGGGAUAUUCUGGGGACUGCCAUGUUGCCAGUCGUGGUGGUCCAUGGGGGGGCGGGUCACAUCCCCAAAGAGCGCUCAGACCUGUCCACCUCAGGAGUGUGCUCUGCAGUGAGGUCAGCGUAUGCACUCCUGCAGGGAGGGGGCAGCAGUAUGGAUGCUGUGGUGGAGGCUGUUCUGCUACUGGAGAAUAAUCCAUCUUUCAAUGCAGGAUGUGGCUCAGUACUGAAUAUGAAGGGGGAGGUGGAGAUGGAUGCCCUCGUGAUGGACGGGAAAACUCUGAGCAGCGGCGCCGUGUCUGCCGUCCGCAACAUAGCUAACCCAAUCCAGCUGGCCAGACUUGUCAUGGACAAGACCAGCCAUGCCUGUCUGACGGCGGAGGGUGCCAGUCAGUUUGCUCGCUCUAUGGGCGUUCCCGAAGUUCCUCAGGAGUCCCUCAUCACAGAGUAUUCCCGCAUGCGCUGGAAAAAAAACCUGGCCCCAGAUGCCAACCCUGUGGAGUGCCAAAUGGGGAAGAUGGGGACGGUUGGAGCGGUGGCAGUCGACACCGACGGCAACGUAGCGUGUGCGACUUCCACCGGAGGAAUGCUGAACAAGAUGGAAGGCCGAGUGGGCGACACCCCGUGCAUCGGCAGUGGAGGCUAUGCUGACAAUAUGUCAGGAGCCGUAUCGACUACGGGCCACGGAGAGGCCAUCAUGAAGGUCACGCUGGCGAGACACAUCCUGUUCCACAUGGAGCAAGGCCAGUCAGCUGAGGCUGCCAGUGAUCUGGGUCUGGCCCAUAUGAAGUCCAGAGUCGGGGGACUUGGAGGGGUCGUGACCGUGGACCCGCAGGGCAAUUGGGCCGCUCGUUUCUCCAGCCGCCAAAUGGCGUGGGCCGCGGCGCAGAAAGACACGCUGCACUACGGUCUGUACACGGGAGAACACUUCACCCAAAUCAUCGAGGAUCAUCGAGCCUGACACCAGGCCCAGUUUGUGUCAGUAGAGCUAUAAACUAAGAUAAUACAGCUGAAGGUGGGCUUCAGGUAACCAAAUAAUGAUUGAUUUGGUUUAAUGUUGAUGUUUAAAAUCAAAUAGAAGACAAAAAGAGCAACAAAAUUAAUUAGUUUAAUCAUAAAAAAAACAAUCAACUGUGCACAUAUCUGAGCCAAUCCAAGGAAAAGCAAGAAAUUUCCAGAAACGCUAAUGACACUCUGAUUCUUUGUAAUAAUCAUUUGAAAAGUCAUUGCAGUGUUUCUGUUGUUAGAGAAACUAGAGCAAAAUGAUCAAAUACACAUCAGAUAUAUAACUUGCUGCUCAGCUUUUAAGCUUCUCAGGAAACACUUCCUGAGAAGUGUUUUACAAUAUUUAAUUUUUUACAAACUACUGGCCAGUUUUAUGAACACUGAACACUUUCUGAUGAUCUGCACAAAGUGUGUUUUUCUGUUCACAUCAGUACUGGUGAGCAGCAGCUCAUCAUUUGCUGACUGUUGGUGAAGGAAAACCAAACCAAAAAGGUAUUUACUGCAACAUGAGUGACAUUUUUGUCUUAAUUUAGAUGAUUAUAGUUUACCACAACUGAGUUUCUCAGAUUGAAGUAUUAAAAAGAGCCAAUAAAACCAUUUUUGUCAGAUUGUUGGUGGUACAUCUCA